AUGGCCUCCCAUCCUCCACCCCCCAAAACCCCACACCGACAGAUCCGCGCCUCGUACGACGAAGAGACCGUCACGGUCUACCAGGCGUAUUCCCAGGCCAUCGCAGGCCCCGCGGUCCAAGAGCAGCGCCUCUCCGCCUCCCCGGCAUUCUCGCACGCACGCAUGACGUGGAUCAAGCCCAGCUGGGCGUGGAUGAUGUACCGAUGCGGUUACUCGUACAAAGACCGAGGCCAAGAGCGGGUCCUGGCGAUCCGCAUGAAGCACGAGCAUUUCAUGCGGCUUCUGUCGCAGGCUGUCGUGUGCCAUGGGCAGACGUUGAGUGCUGAGGAAAGGGGUAAGGGAGUUAGGGUGCAGUGGGAUCCGGAGCGUACGCCCAGUUUGGAUGUGCUGCCGUAUCGGAGUAUUCAGAUUGGGAUUGCGGGCAAGGUUAGUAAGGUUUGGGCGGAGGAGUGGAUUGUGGGGAUUGAUGAUGUGACUGAGAGGGCUAGGAGAUUGAGGGAGGUGGUGGAGAAAGAAGGGGGAGUGAAGUUGGUGGAGUUGGUGGAAGGGGGGCUGGUGCCUGAGGAGAGGGUGUAUGACGUGCCGGAGGAUUUGAUGAAGGUGUUGCAGAUGGAGGAGUGA